AUGGCACGGCUGGCUCCCACUGCGGUGACACUGCUGCUCUGCGCGGGGCUGGCGGCGGCCCAGGCCGGUGAAUGGGCAACCAAGCGCGCGCUGCUGCAGAAUGGCAACAGCUUCAUGGCGCCAGCCAUCGAGCGUCCCACCACCACCGGCCAGACCACUGCGGCUGGCGGCGGCGGCGCUGCGACGACCACCACCGGCGGCGCCGCAGGCGGCGCCUCUGCCGUCUCCGACGCCAUCGCCUCCUCCUCUGCCGAGUCCUUCAGCUCCGCCGUGUCCAGCUCAGGCGCCUCUGCAUCCGCGUCCGCCAUCGCCAGCGCCAUCACAUCCAACCAGGCCCAGUCCCUGGUGAAUGUGGUGUCCCAGUCCAGCAGCAACGCUGCCGUCAUCACCGCCUUCACCUCGGGCCUGGCCCAAGCCAUCUGCACCAACCCCCAGGCCGCCGCCCAGGCAAUCGCGUACGCGGUUGCCACCUCCUCCGGCGGCACCGGUGGCGGCAGCAGCGCGGUGGCCACCGCAGCUGCCAGCGCCGUGGCCCAGGCCUGGCCCAACUGCUGCGACUCUGCGGCCCAAGCUGUCGCAACCGCCUCCUCCUCCGCCGCGGCCGGCGGCAACUUUGCCCAGGCGUUUGCCUCCGCGCUGGCCUCCGCCUCGGUCCCGCCCGUGCCCAGCUGCUUCGUCACCAUCCUGCAGUCUGACGCCAGCGCUGUGGCCCAGGCCUUCUCUUCCGCUGGCGUCCAGCAGCAGCAGCAGUCACAGCAGCCGCAUGCCGCGCUACAGCUGGACCAUGCGCCCGACUCGGGUCACAAGCGGGCGGGCAGCUGGCUGGGCACAGACAUCGACCUGGACUGCUACCGGGCAAACAAGCGGUACAAGGUCCAGGAGAUGGCGGGCGACCUGGCGCGCAGCAUGAGCCUGGAGGGCAGGGAGGGGCGGUCCGGGCGGCCUGCGGCGUCGGGGGGCUCGUCUGGGGGUGCCGCCGCCGCGCCGGCAGUCUCCACCGGCAGCCUCCCCGACUCCCUCAUGCUCUGCUCCGCCGAGUGCUCGCCGGUGGCGGCCGCAGGCCCCGACCCCCGCCACCACCAGCACCAGCAGGCGCAGCAGCAGCAGGCGCAGCGGCAGCAGCAGCAGCAGCAACAGCCCCAGCAGCAGCGCACGCCGCGCAGCGAGUCGCGCACGCCUGGCGGCAUGCAGCCCGCGCCGUGCACGGGCGGCGGGGCGGGGUCUGGUGGCCUGCGGCCGCGGCCCACGCCCAUGCGGCUGUACGAUGCCUUGAGCCUGCACCCCACCUCGCCAUCAGAUCCCGGACUAGAGGGCCAGCUGGAUCUGCGCAAGGCCACUCUGAUGCGCAGCCUGCAGACGCGGCUGCUGCGGGGGGAGGGCGGCGAGGCGUCCGUCAGCCCGCCGGGCCAGGCGGCGGCGGUGGCGGCAGCAGCGGCAGCGGCACCCGGCGACCAGCAGCAGCGCCAUCGGCAGCAGGAGGUGCAGCAGGACCUGUGUGAUGCCCAGCAGCAGUUGCUCCUCCAAGCCACGUCGCUGAGCCUGGCGCCAGCAGACACCAGCCCGCCCGGGCCAGCAGCCAGCACACUCAGCAGCAUGCUCAUCAGCCAGCGGUCUCCCACCCCGCACAUGCACGGGCCGGGAGGGCAGCGGGCGCCUUCGCCGCGCCUGCAAUCGCCGCUGGAGGACACAGGGUGCAGCGCCAUGGCCGUCAGCCCGGCUGCGCCGCCACAGGCCCGCCCCCGCCAUCUAGGCGCCGUGUGA